CUCUGCCUCCUCCCUGAGCGGAGCUCCGCGCGUCGGUCGGGACUGCAAACACACACACACAGAGCCAUGGCCGAAAACGCCGGCUUGGAAAACCAUCGCAUCAAGAGCUUCAAAAACAAGGGGCGAGAUGUGGAGACGAUGCGAAGACAUCGUAAUGAAGUGACGGUAGAACUGAGAAAGAACAAAAGAGACGAGCAUCUCCUGAAGAAACGAAAUGUUCCACAGGAAGAGAGUCUGGAAGAUUCCGAUGCGGACUCUGAUUUCAAAGGACAAAAUGUAACGCUAGAUGCCAUCUUACAGAACGCCACCAGUGACAAUGCUGUGGUGCAGCUCAGUGCAGUGCAGGCAGCCAGAAAAUUGCUCUCAAGUGACAGAAAUCCCCCCAUAGACGACUUGAUAAAAUGUGGAAUCCUUCCAAUCUUAGUCAAAUGCCUGGAGAGGGAUGACAAUCCUUCAUUGCAGUUCGAAGCUGCCUGGGCUUUGACCAACAUUGCAUCAGGGACGUCUUCGCAGACACAGGCAGUGGUCAAAUCCAAUGCUGUCCCAUUGUUUUUGAGACUGCUCCACUCUCCUCAUCAGAACGUGUGUGAGCAGGCCGUGUGGGCGCUGGGAAACAUCAUUGGUGAUGGACCUCAGUGUCGAGAUUACGUCAUCUCGCUCGGUGUGGUCAAACCUCUGUUGUCGUUUAUUAAUCCAUCCAUCCCCAUAACCUUCUUGAGAAACGUUACCUGGGUCAUUGUCAACCUGUGCCGAAACAAAGACCCACCACCACCUAUGGAAACAGUACAAGAGAUUCUUCCUGCCCUUUGUGUACUCAUAUAUCAUACAGAUAUAAAUAUCCUGGUAGACACAGUGUGGGCUCUGUCGUAUCUGACAGAUGGAGGUAAUGAGCAGAUUCAGAUGGUAAUAGACUCCGGUGUCGUCCCCUUCCUUGUUCCACUGCUCAGCCACCAAGAGGUCAAAGUUCAGACCGCAGCGCUGAGAGCAGUGGGGAACAUUGUAACAGGGACGGAUGAGCAGACUCAGGUGGUGCUCAACUGUGAUGUCCUCUCUCACUUUUCCAACCUGCUCACACACCCCAAAGAGAAGAUCAAUAAGGAGGCAGUGUGGUUCCUGUCCAAUAUAACAGCAGGUAACCAGCAGCAGGUGCAGGCUGUAAUAGAUGCUGGUCUCAUACCCAUGAUCAUUCACCAGCUUGCCAAGGGUGAUUUUGGAACACAGAAGGAGGCUGCAUGGGCCAUUAGCAACUUGACAAUAAGUGGAAGAAAGGAUCAGGUGGAGUACUUGGUCCAGCAAAACGUGAUCCCGCCCUUCUGCAACCUACUGUCAGUGAAAGACUCUCAGGUGGUCCAGGUGGUUCUCGAUGGACUGAAAAACAUCCUCAUCAUGGCUGGGGAGGAAGCCAGCACAAUUGCUGAGAUCAUCGAAGAGUGUGGAGGAUUGGAAAAAAUUGAGAACCUACAGCAGCAUGAAAAUGAGGACAUCUAUAAACUUGCUUUUGAAAUCAUAGAUCAGUACUUUUCAGGAGACGAUAUUGAUGAGGACCCCAGCCUGAUUCCUGAGGCCACCCAGGGAGGCACAUUUAACUUUGAUCCAUCCUCCAACCUACAAACAAAGGAGUUCAAGUUCUAGACAUCCAGAGCUUCAAACUUAGGAAUGGUGGGUUUCCCAGCUGCUCCUCAGCCCCUGCCACCUACUGACCCAUCACCUACCAACCACUCACUAACCAGAAAAACCAACCAGUCACCAUGCUCAGAAACGACACUCACUCACACAGAAGAAACUAGCACUGAAGUCUCAAUGCCACUCAAAACAUGGAUGGAUCUCAGCAACUUCAAGACGUGGAAGAAAAAAAGAGUCAUUAUACUGCAGUUGCCAAAAUAAAAAAGUAUAUAGAUUUUGCUCUUUCACUCACUCCCUCACUCACUCACACUCGUAGGUGAGCAUGAACAAUAAUAGGAACUUCUGUUGUUGUACCAGCCAUCAUAUCAGCCAAGGAAGAUGAAAGAAAGAGAUAUUCCUAAAAUAUAAAGGCAGGGAUUUUCUUCUGUUUCCAGGAAAGUCCUUCCCUCAAAAUGUUGCAUUUCGGGUCAUGAUCUUAAAGUCUCAGCCAAGACACCCAACUCUAUACGUCCAGCCUUGACUGUGUUAAGCCAUUUGGACCCCCCUCUCUCAUUCAUCCGAAAUCUGUGAACUAGCCUAUAAUGGGUCAUCCCUGGAAUAUAUCUCAAAUGUGGGAAGGGAGUGUCUAUAAAUAUGUGGUGUGUAAACAGAACUUAAAUUAUCGCCACCAACUCUUGCUUUUUCUUCAUCCUGAAAUUAUGGAUAUUUACAAAACACUGAAGAUAAUGAAGAAAAAAUUACAUCAGAAGAUCACACAAACUUAAAUGGAGAAAAUCUCAUUUAAGCCAGACAAGCACCCUCAUUUUCGAACUUCUGCAGUGAUAGUGUAGUGGACAUUCAUUGUGCUGAUCUUUUUUGGUUUGCAGUGGGACUGUCGGGACAUGUCAAAGGAGGAUCCUAUGCGAUUUGGUCAGGACUUUUAAAGGGCCGCCACAACCUUUGGAAGUUCUUUGAGAUAACAUUAACUGGUCUUUCUGCUUAACAAGGGUGCUCUGGCAGCGCUUUAUUUUCUGGAUUCAUCUUCUCUGCUUCCUGUCUAACCAUAGUAAUAAGUUCAUUGGGGAUAACCCCAGUUGUAACCGGUUGGAGAAUAUUUUCACUGAAUCAGUUCAUUUCGUCACUCGGUAGUCAAAACCACAAGAAACUUUGCAACAGUGAUUGGAUUGUGAAAUCUUUUUUUUUUUUUGAUCGGUGGAGCUUCCUCUUUUUGGAGUUUUUCCAGUCUUACGUGCACACUUUUGGUUUUCCCAUUUUAUUGCUUAAUGUAAGUGAAGAGCGAUGUUCGCUUAAUUUUGACUAUACAAGCAAUGGGAAAGGAGAUCCAUGACAUAGUGGUUACUUUUUUUGUUUAGUUGGUUUUUAAUCUUAUUUCACUUAUUACAAAACCUAAUUGUACCAACUAAAAUAAAAGUAUAGUUCUUGUUUAGGUAUAUAAUGCGAAGCUACCACACUUAGACAUUGUUGGGAUGCUACAGAACAAUAUUAACAUUGUGAUUAUUGAUUUACAGCCAAUAGGGGUCAUUUUUGUUUUUGUUGUCUUUUGAUUUAACUUUUGUUUGUAAUGGCAAAUGAUUGCCAAUAUUUGGAAAUUGGGCUUUCUUACUGUUGUGACUGGAUGUUUUUUUUUUUCCUUUUUUUCCCUGUGCAUUAACUUGUAAAGGGAUGUAUGGGGAAAAUGCAUUUGAACUAAAGUAGUUAUGUUUGGGCCACAAACUGCUGAAAAAGACAGUAAGGAAGCUGAAGGCAGCCCUGAUGAUUUUUGAAUUAGCCAUUAUUGUUGAACGAAAAGAAAAAAACUGGUUUGAAAUUCAUGAACUUAUCUAGGCAACUAGAAAACGAGCCACUUUAAAGAAGUUUUGUCUUGUAUCAGAAAUGGAUACAAGCUUAUUGCUUUUUGCAAGAUUUUUACUUGCUAAAGAAAAAAAAGAAUCUAAAAAAGCGACAGAUCGCAUUUUGGCCUGAUUGUUUGUAUGUUUUUAUAAAUUUUAGAACUGAAUUUCUCUUUAAGGUGGCUCAUCAGUAUUUUUUUUUUCAACUCUUGUGCAUAUUAAAGAUAAAAAAAUGAGUUGAAAUUCAUUGUGCCUUUUGUUUUUCAUUUCAAAGUAACUAAAAAAGGUUCAUAAUGCCUACCACGUUGCAUUGGAGCUGCUUCUAAUAUGGGGUCUUUUGGGUGUUAUGUCUGCUUAUCUCUGGACUUUACGAUAAGACGUUCUCUGGAGUAUAAUUCUUAUUAAAUUAUAAUUCUUAUUUAAUUCUCCUCUAGUCUGCUGGCUGACUUGUAAUUGGUCCCCUUAACUUCCAUUUUGCUCCCUUGUCAUUCUUUUCAUAUGGAUUACAAUUACCCACAAUUCUCCACCAAUCCAUCUCCCCUCCCCACCGCCACCUUUCUAUGGCAACACAUCUUUCACUCAUCACUCCCUCAGGACGUGCUUAAUGUAUCAAUGAACCUAACCAAAAUAAACUUGCUGUUAGCCAUCCUUUUUAUUGCUCUUUUAUAA